AUGUCGAGUUCUAAGUCCCACGGUUGGAAGUAUGACUAUAUUUCCGCGUACCAACUAAAGAAAGAGACUGUCGAGCGGUAUCUGACGGAAUUAUUUGGGGACUACAAGUUUUUUGUGCAGUUACAAGGCGACAAUUUCAAGUUCUGGGUUCCUCGAAAACUCACAAAUCUCAAUGCCCAGUUACAAGACAGCUUUUAUAGCUCAUUCAAGCAACGUUUUACGCUUGACCCUGCACUACGCUUGAAAGGCGGCUCUAGUAAUGGUUACGGCCGUUACGGUCGCGGUAUGCAGAUGUGCUAUAAUCUUAGGUCCGUGGAGCAGUCCCAAACUCGGGGACCCGCUUGGCUAGUCCGCAAUUGUGCGAUAUCCCUUUACUUUGAUAUAAGUACCAGUCGCACUAUCUGGACGGUUGUCAAGGACGGCGUUGAAAUCAAAGACCUUCUAAAGGAUUCGUUCAGCAGUGAUUCGAACCUUGAUGGAGGUUCGAAAGCUUUCACUACCUCACUUGAGACUCAUCUGGCAAUCUUCAACGCCGUCGAGACCCGUAACUUUUCCUUGCCGACCAUCAACGCAAGCGGGUUCCUGCAGAUGUAUCAGACCCAGAAUUCAGCCUCUAAUAGGCCUUCUACAUUACGGCGGUGGGCCGCGAAGAUGAAAGGGUCAAAGCAAAAGGCGACCCGUGAAAAAGAAGAGCCAGAGAACUCACCAGGCAUCUACACGGAUCCAAACACGGGCCUUUCGCAGCCUCUACCACCAGAUGUGACCGUUGAUCUUGGAGGGGAAUUGCAGGAGCGUAAACAACCAGUCAUCCUUGAUCAAGACUACGAAUCUACCUUUGAUGAGCUCCCAGCAAUCUCGGACCUCAUAGAGAGAGCCCGAGAUACCGAGCUCUACCUGCAAACAAAUCUUGGUAUAACAUCUGAAAUAAAGAACUUUUACGCCAAAAUUACGACGUCCCACACAUUUCCUUCAUUCUUGGCAAGAGAAUGUGAGGAAUCACUCAAGAAUUUUGACCUAGAGCUGAGUUCAAUCGCUGUACAUCUUAACAAUCAAGUUCAGCGAAUCCGUAGCCUUCAACAGAGACUUCAUGACCGUAAAGAAUGGCUAAGAAACGUACUGGAGACACAGAAUACAGUCAUUAAUAAGGUAGCUACGAUUCAAAUGAUGUUCAUGACCGAGGAUAUGAACAAUGUUGCACGCAAGACUAAGAUCGAGACAACAUCAAUGAAAGUCAUCACUCUUGUGACACUUUUCUUCCUACCUGGCACAUAUAUAUCUGUGAGUGAAUGCUUUGGAUACUAUAGGACGUCUUUCUGCUAUAGGGACGCCAGACAAUAUAUAAGUGAACCAUUACUAAUGGUUCAAUUCACCUAG